AUGGGUCGAGGAAACCCGCGAGGGGUCGAUACAAAGGACAACAGAUGGUUUGGUAUUGUACAAUCUGUGCAUGCCUCACCUACAGGUGGCCGGUCCUUCCAGAUUAUCUGGUAUUACCGCCCCGUCGACACGAUUUGUGGCGUACUCAAGUAUCCGAUUCGAAACGAGCUCUUUCUUUCCAAUCACUGCACUUGCCAUGAUGGGCUGGAAAUUCAUGAGGAGGAGGUCCUCGGCGUGCACAGCGUCGCGUUUUACCCAGAUUGCGCAGCCGACGCCGAAUUUGUUUGUCGGCAGACGUACGACAUGAAGGAGAAGCGUUUCACGACCUUUACCCAUGCUGACCGCGCUUGUUCAUGCCACCAGACCGAAAACCAGGAGGCCGAUUCAGUCAAGUUUUCCAACUCAUACCGCCCUGGAGAUGCUGUGUUGGCAGAGCUUAAACGCGGGGAUACGAGACUUGAGCCCUGCGAGAUCAUCGACAGUGACUACGGUGCUCGGCGAAUUGUGCUCCGUCGGCUGUUUCGCCGCUCCGAGGUAGAUCCAAAUGCCUCAUGGGCAAAACCUAACGAGCUCGUGUACUCGGACGAGAUCACGACGCCAGCGCAACGCAAGAACCAGAGCCUCGUGGCCGCGUUCGCAUCCAUGGUCGACGUGUACCGUCCACGAUUCGGCAUCCUCGAAAACGUGGUAGGCAUCGUGCAGAAGCAAAAGCUCCGGCACGAGGACGUCUUCUCCCAGCUCGUCUGCGCGCUCGUGGGCAUAGGCUACCAAGUACAGAUGCUCUGCCUCGAUGCUUGGUCCCAUGGCGCAUGCCAAUCCCGCAGUCGUGUCUUCCUCGUCUUCGCCGCGCCCGGCGAGACGCUGCCCAACGCGCCGGCGCCGUCCCACUCGCACCCUCCCCAUGUGCGAAAUUACGGGCUCGGAACGCUCAACAACGGCGAGAAGAUGAUGGUACGGGAAUUUGACUCGGCCUACGCCUUCCAGUACCGCUCUGCGUCCGAGGCCACGGCUGACUUGCCCUUUCUCUACGACGGCAAAGUCGAGUAUUGCAUUCCCUUCCCGGACCACGUCCCCGCUGCCUCCAUGACGCAGCGCUUUCGGGCCCAGGUCAAGUCCAUCCCGCGGUUCCCUCCUGGCAUGAGCUUCAGUUCCGCCUGGAACGACGGCCACGGUGUCAUGACACUAUCUGAGCGAGCCCUCUUCCCCGCCCCGGGAGUCACCCGUGUUCGAAAAGGCUCCCAAGCGUGGAAGCGCACGCGGCCCUCCCGCCUACUUCCUACUGUCACCACCGCCCAGUGUCCCACCGACUUCAAGACGGGCUGCCAGACUCACUGGGCCGCUGAGAGGUUCCUGACCCUCCAGGAGAGCCGUAGGGCGCAGGGUUUCCCAGACCACGAGGUGCUGGUAGGCUGCGUAAGGGACCGGUGGAAGUCGGUGGGAAACAGCGUCGCGCGUCAAAUCUCGUUGGUCCUAGGGCUUUCCUUGCGCAGCGCCCUAUGGGAUAUGUACGACGAGGACGCCGACAAUGGCAACGGCGUCGACGGAUUGAAAAAUGAUUCGCACAAGGAGGACGCGCCAGUAGCGACGCCAAGGAACACUGCGGAGCCCACUAACGGACUUGUUUGCGAGGCCUCUACCAUCCCGGACGGUAGCCGCAGCCUACGUGCUAGCUCAGGGUUGUCCAAUGAAUAG